AACAGCAAAACAGGAGAAGAGCUGGGGGCAGAGUUCUAGACCAGGAGCAGCCACUGCCAGCCGGGCCUGAGCCACCGCCUCCAGGGCGGGGUAGAUGGGCUGGACAUUGAGGCCAGGAGCCCCGGACAGAGAUAAGCCUGUGAAUGUGCAGCCAUUUGUCCAGAAGGGAGUUGGGGCUAUGGGUGGAAGGCAGCAGCUCACCUUUCUACUGCUGCUGUUAUUUCUGCUGGGGGCCCUGGGGCAGCCCUUGUGGCCAGCAGCAAUGGCUCUGACCCUGCGCUGGCUCCUGGGGGACCCCACGUGCUGUGUACUGCUCGGUCUGGCUGUGCUGGCACAACCCUGGCUCAGCCCCUGGAUGCCCCACUGGCUGAGCCUUGCAGCUGCGGCCCUCACACUGACCAUGCUACCCUCACGGCUGCCCCCGAGCCUGCGCUGGCUGCCCACAGACAUUGCCUACUUGGCCAGGCUCAUCCACCUGGGACUGAAGAUCAGGAAACGCUUGAAUCAACGGCCUCCCGACACCUUUGUGGAUACCUUUGAGCGGCGAGCACAAGCGCAGCCUGGCCACACAUCUUUGGUUUGGACGGGUCCUGGGGCCUGCUCUGUCACCUUCAAGGAGCUAGACGCCAGGGCCUGCCAGGCAGCGUGGGCUCUGAAGGCUCAGCUGGGCAGCCGUGGUGGCCCAACUCCUGAGGAGCCUGUUGCCCUCCUGGUGCUGACCUCCCAUGCCAUCCCUGCUCUGAGUCUGUGGCUGGGGCUGACCAAGCUGGGCUGCCCAGUAGCCUGGAUCAACCCACAUGGCCGUGGUGUCCCCCUGGUGCACGCUGUGCUGACUUCCGGGGCCAGGGUGCUGCUGGUGGACCCAGACCUCCGGGAGAGCCUGGAGGAAGUUCUUCCCAAGCUGCAGGAGGAGAACAUCUGCUGCUUCUACCUUAGCCACAACUCCCCCACGCCGGGGGUGGGGGCUCUGGGAGCUGCCCUGGACACUGCGCCCUCCAGCCCAGUGCCUGCUGAUCUACGUGCUGGGGUCACAUGGAAAAGCCCUGCUGUGUUCAUCUACACCUCAGGGACCACUGGGCUCCCAAAGCCGGCCAUCCUCACGCAGGAGAAGGUCUUGCAGAUGAGCAAAAUGCUGUCUUUGUGUGGGGCCAGAGCUGACGAUGUCAUCUACGUAGUCCUGCCUCUGUACCACACGAUGGGGCUUGUCCUUGGGGUCCUCGGCUGCUUAGAGCUUGGAGCCACCUGUGUCCUGGCCCCCAAGUUCUCUGCCUCCGCCUUCUGGAAUGACUGUCGGCAGCACCGUGUGACAGUGAUUCUGUAUGUGGGCGAGGUCCUGAGGUACCUGUGCAAUGUUCCCCAGCACCCAGAGGACCGGACACACUCGGUGCGCCUGGCGAUAGGCAACGGACUCCGGGCAGAUGUAUGGGAGGCCUUCCAGCAGCGCUUCGGGCCCAUUCGGAUCUGGGAAGUCUAUGGCUCCACGGAGGGCAACGUUGGCUUCGUCAACUACCCAGGGCGCUGCGGGGCCUUGGGCAAGAUGAGCUGCUUUCUUCGAUUGCUGUUUCCCUUUGAGCUCGUACAGUUUGACACGGAGGCAGAGGAGCCCGUGAGGGACAGUCAGGGAUUCUGCAUCCCUGUGAGGCCAGGGGAAGCGGGGCUCCUGCUGACCCAAGUACUAGGCCGCAACCCCUUCCUGGGCUACCGCGGACUCCGAAAACAGUCCGAACAGAAGCUGGUGCGGCGCGUGCGGCGCGAAGGGGACGUCUACUACAACACAGGCGACGUCCUGGCCAUGGAUGAGGAAGGAUUCCUGUACUUCCGCGACCGCCUCGGGGACACCUUCCGCUGGAAGGGGGAGAACGUGUCUACCCGGGAGGUGGAGGGCGUGCUGUCCUCGGUGGACUUUCUGCAGGAAGUGAAUGUCUACGGCGUGGCUGUGCCAGGGUGUGAGGGCAAGGUGGGCAUGGCUGCCGUGCAGCUGGCCCCCGGCCGGGCCUUCAGCGGGCAGGAGCUGUACCGGCACGCCCGCACGUGGCUUCCAGCUUACGCCGUCCCCCACUUCAUCCGCAUCCAGGACACCCUAGAGAUCACGAGCACGUUCAAACUGAUGAAGUCUCGGCUGGUGCGUGAAGGCUUCGACGUGGGGGUCAUCACUGACCCCCUGUUUAUCCUGGACAACCGGGCCCAGGCCUUCCGGCCCCUGACGGCAGACACGUACCGCGCUGUGUGCGAGGGAACCUGGAAGCUCUGACCCCCGGGCCAACCCCGGACAGCGGAGCGCAGGGGCCGAAGCGGAUCGCCACCCCCGCGCGCAUCUGCCCGGGGUCACCGGGCAUCCGGCCUGGCCACGUCCCCAGCGGCAGGUAAAUGACACUGAGGCCGUUGGCAGCGCGACAAUAAACUCGCA